UGCGGCUCGCAGAGUGUUUGAGUGUUGAUUUUUUUGUAUUUAUAUAUUCAUUGCAAAAACGAGGGUACGUGAAGAAAUAUGAAAAAUUCAGCCACAGAACCGAACUGGGUUGCUGAUCAUAGGAAUUGGUCUAAACCCAUUAAACAUUUGGAGGAGAAAUGGAAACUAGUACCAGCGUUUCUUCAAGUCAAAGGAUUGGUAAAGCAACACAUUGAUUCAUUCAACCAUUUCGUCAAUGUGGAUAUUAAGAAAAUAAUACAGGCCAAUCAGACGGUCAUAAGCGAUGCUGACCCCAUGUUCUACCUUAAAUAUUUAGAUGUACGUGUUGGUACUCCUGACAUAGAAGAUGGAUAUAACAUAACAAAGGCGACAACUCCACAUGAAUGCCGCUUACGAGACACUACAUAUUCUGCCCCAAUUACAGUAGACAUAGAAUACACUCGAGGAGCUCAGAGGAUUGUAAGAAAUAAUUUAUUAAUUGGUCGCAUGCCGGUCAUGUUGCGGUCCUCGAACUGCGUCCUGACCGGCAAAUCUGAAUAUGAAUUGGCAAAGCUGAAUGAGUGUCCUUUGGACCCUGGCGGUUACUUUGUGGUAAGAGGACAGGAAAAGGUUAUAUUAAUACAAGAACAGUUGUCGUGGAAUAAAAUGAUUACCGAAGAAUUCAACGGCACAGUUCAAUGUCAGGUUACAUCUUCAACUCAUGAAAAAAAGUCCAGAACUGUAGUCUUAAGCAAGCAUGGAAAAUACUAUCUGAAGCAUAAUUCAAUGGUAGAUGAUAUCCCAAUUGUAGUCAUCUUUAAAGCUAUGGGCGUAGUUUCAGAUUUGGAAAUAAUGUCGCUCAUUGGAACAAGCACAGAAACUCAAAAUAGAUUUGCCCCAUCACUUCUUGAAGCUUUCAAUUUAAAGAUUUUCACUCAACAACGUGCACUAGAGUACAUGGGAUCGAAGCUAAUGGUAAAGCGGUUCCAGACCGCCGCAACAAAAACACCUGCAGACGAAGCCAGAGAACUUUUGACAACUACCAUUUUGGCGCACGUUCCUGUAGACAAUUUCAACUUCCAGAUAAAGUCAAUUUACGUUUCGCUCAUGGUAAGGCGUGUUAUGGCAGCAGAAUUAGAUGCCUCUGCCGUGGACGAUAGAGAUUAUUAUGGCAAUAAGCGCUUAGAAUUAGCCGGAUCCCUUAUUUCUUUAAUGUUUGAAGAUUUAUUCAAACGUAUGAAUUGGGAACUCAAAAUGAUCGCUGACAAAAAUAUUCCCAAAGUAAAGGCGGCACAGUUUGAUGUGGUAAAACACAUCAGAGCUGCUCAGAUUACUGUGGGCUUAGAAUCGGCAAUUUCUUCGGGAAAUUGGACUAUUAAGCGUUUCAAAAUGGAGAGAGCAGGAGUCACACAAGUAUUGUCAAGGCUAAGUUAUAUAUCCGCCCUAGGUAUGAUGACCAGAGUAAAUUCCCAGUUUGAGAAAACUAGGAAGGUUUCCGGCCCUCGAUCUCUGCAGCCCAGCCAAUGGGGAAUGCUUUGUCCAUCAGACACUCCAGAGGGCGAAGCGUGUGGUUUGGUAAAGAAUUUAGCUUUAAUGACCCAUAUAACCACUGAAGUAGAGGAGGAACCUGUUGUGCGCUUAGCAUUUAACGCUGGUGUGGAGGACAUCCGAUUGGUAGGAGGUGACGCCAUCAAUAAUACGAAAGUUUUCCUUGUAUUCAUAAAUGGUAACAUUUUGGGCCUUACCAUUAGCUAUAAACGAUUGGUAGAAGUUUUUCGCAUGAUGAGACGAAAGGGUCGUCUAGGUCCAUUUGUAUCCAUCCAUACCUCUCACACGCAAAGGUGUGUUUACAUACACACGGAUGGCGGACGACUAUGCCGUCCGUAUAUAAUUGUACGCAAGGGAAAACCUGCUGUACAGCAACAUCAUAUAGAAGAUUUGAAGAGAGGUAUACGUAAAUUUGAAGAUUUUCUUCACGAUGGUUUAGUUGAGUACUUGGACGUCAAUGAAGAAAAUGAUUCGUUUAUCGCUUGGAACGAGAAUGAUAUAGAUCCUGACACGACAACUCAUUUGGAAGUGGAACCGUUCACGUUGUUAGGCGUGUGUGCCGGACUCGUUCCUUACCCUCAUCACAAUCAAAGUCCCCGCAACACUUAUCAGUGUGCUAUGGGGAAGCAGGCAAUGGGUGUCAUUGGCUACAACCAAAAGAAUCGCAUUGACACUUUAAUGUAUAACCUCGUCUAUCCACAAGCUCCUAUGGUGAAAUCUAAAACUAUUGAAUUAACUGGAUUUGAUAAACUACCAGCAGGUCAAAACGCCACCGUUGCAGUUAUGAGUUAUUCUGGUUAUGAUAUUGAAGAUGCAUUAAUUUUAAAUAAGGCAUCUAUAGAUCGUGGUUACGGACGCUGUCUGAUAUAUAAAAACUCUAAAUGUACGGUUAAACGAUAUGCCAAUCAGACAUACGAUCGCAUUAUGGGACCCAUGAAGGAUGCCCUUACGAACAAAGUUAUAUUCAAACAUGAUGCUCUGGAUACGGAUGGUAUAGUUGCACCAGGAGAGAUGGUUGUUAAUAAACAAAUAUUAAUAAACAAGGAAAUGCCUGCCGUAACUUCCAUCAAUCCUAUUGAGCAAUCUGGACAAAGUUCUCAGAUUUCCUAUACAGCAGUCCCUAUAUCCUACAAAGGCCCCGAGCCAAGUUACAUAGAAAAAGUUAUGGUUUCUGCCAAUGGCGAAGAGGAUUUUCUAAUAAAAAUUUUGUUGCGUCAAACGAGGCGUCCGGAAAUCGGUGACAAAUUCAGUUCUCGACACGGUCAAAAGGGUGUAACAGGUCUUAUCGUCGAUCAAGAAGACUUGCCAUUCAACGACUUUGGCAUAUGUCCCGACAUGGUAAUGAACCCCCACGGAUUCCCCUCCCGUAUGACGGUAGGCAAGUCUCUUGAACUUUUAGGUGGAAAAGCAGGCCUGUUGGAGGGUAAAUUUCACUACGGUACUGCAUUUGGUGGCUCAAAAUGUGAUGAUAUUCAGGAUGAACUCUUCAAGAACGGCUUCAACUAUAUGGGCAAGGACUACUUCUAUUCUGGCAUUACUGGCGAGAGUUUAGAAGCCUAUAUAUAUUCCGGUCCAGUAUACUACCAAAAACUAAAGCAUAUGGUGCAGGACAAAAUGCAUGCCAGAGCUAGAGGUCCGAAAGCAGUUUUAACACGGCAGCCCACACAAGGACGAAGCAGAGAAGGAGGUCUUCGUUUAGGAGAAAUGGAACGUGAUUGCCUCAUUUCUUAUGGCGCCAGUAUGUUAAUUAUGGAACGACUUAUGAUAUCGUCCGAUGCCUUUGACGUUGAUGUAUGCAAAUCCUGUGGUCGUUUGGCCUACUGUUCCUGGUGUCAUUAUUGCCAAUCAUCCGCAAAUGUUUCAAAAAUAUCCAUGCCUUACGCCUGUAAACUUUUAUUUCAAGAAUUGACGAGUAUGAAUGUUGUACCUAAAUUGAAAUUACAAAACUACUGAUGUCUUAAGAUCGGUGGGUCUAAAUCCAUUGAAAAUCAAUAAAGGAAAUUUUGUCGGAAACAACCUGGUUUUUAAAGAGGGAACUACAAUGAUUCUAGACACCUACACCCCAGAGUCAAUUUACGCUUGCAUUUCACUCUAGAGUCAGAAGUACCCAAUUGAACUGGAUUUGAUAAACAAACUCCAAAGCGAGGAAAAACGCAUUAGUCAGCUGGCGAGAUUGUGCCAUCAGUAUUAUAUAAUCGAUAAUCUUGAAAAGAAAAAAACAUCUGUGUACAACACAUUGCUACAACAACCGCGCACGAAGCUACGUAUGUCAUCCGUGGCGCCGCGAAGCUCUGGUUCCAGACAGAAUCUCUACACUGAUGCUGAAGAAUCUGAAUCUGCCAAGAGUUGAUUACUUUACAACUGUCCUCAGCCUAUCUGAACAGUACCCGAUGUUUGGAAGAUGGGCAGUCUGAUCCCGCUAUUGUACAGAUCGAUCUCCCUUCUCUCAUCAGUAGCCAAGACGCCAGUAAAAAUUUGUGCAAAUUUGCAAAAAUGUUUGGGUUCCUGAACACAGUUAUUGACGUCAAGGCGGAUUUAAAAAGGUGGUCUCACGCGAACAGCUGUUAACAGCCGGCAGGUUUCACGGUAUUAAAUCAUUAAGUCAGAUUUUUGUUCGCAUUCUCCUUGUUGUUAUCUUCCUUCUCGCAUAUUCUCUGCUCAUGUACGCACACGUAUGCAUACACGCAUACAAAUUUGUUUGCGUCUGUUGGAAGUUUGGCUCAUUUGCCCAACAACAACAAACGAUACAACUCUGUGGCGAAAUUCCCACUAGGCUAUCAAAUUUAUGAACACUUCCUUAUUGACAUUCUAGUUUACGAUUAUGAUUAUAAACGUGUAAAUUAUAAAUUAAAACAUUUAAAAUGUAAAGAAAGGAAUAAAAUUUGAAAAAAUUUUAAAAUCCAACCCAAACAUUUGACGUUCUAGUGGGAUUUGGGAACAACUCUGGAGUUGGACAAUUCCAUCAGCAAAUGCCGUAAAUGCAAAUGUCAAAGUAGUUUUAGAAAUAAAAGCUGUUUUACAAUUUA